GUGAACUCUUCUUUUUUUCUUUAUGGCUCGGAACAAGCUCGAGUUCCCUCUUGAUUCCGAGGCCUACGAGAUCAUAUGCAAGAUAGGCGUUGGUGUAAGUGCUUCGGUCUACAAGGCCAUAUGCAUUCCAAUGAACUCAACAGUAGUUGCCAUCAAAGCCAUCGAUCUUGAUCAGUCUAGGGCUGACUUUGACAGUCUUCGCCGUGAAAGCAAGACGAUGUCUCUGCUUUCUCACCCGAACAUCCUCAAUGCUUAUUGUUCCUUCACCGUUGAUCGAUGCCUUUGGGUCGUUAUGCCUUUCAUGUCUUGCGGCUCUCUUCAUUCCAUUGUUUCUACCUCUUUUCCCGACGGGUUACCGGAAAACUGCAUUUCCGUGUUCCUCAAGGAAACUCUAAAUGCAAUCUCCUAUCUUCAUGAUCAGGGUCAUUUGCACCGUGACAUCAAGGCCGGUAACAUUCUCGUAGAUUCUGAUGGAUCCGUGAAGCUCGCUGAUUUCGGAGUAUCAGCUUCGAUCUAUGAACCCGUGACAUCGUCGUCUGGAACGACGUCGUCUUCACUAAGAUUGACUGAUAUAGCCGGAACGCCGUAUUGGAUGGCUCCGGAAGUGGUUCACUCUCACACAGGGUACGGUUUCAAGGCAGACAUUUGGUCGUUUGGGAUAACGGCGUUAGAGUUAGCUCACGGGAGACCUCCGUUAUCUCACUUACCUCCGUUGAAGAGCCUGCUCAUGAAGAUCACCAAAAGGUUUCAUUUUUCGGAUUACGAGAUCAGUACAAGCGGCUGCGGUAAAAAGGGUAACAAGAAGUUCUCAAAAGCGUUCAGAGAAAUGGUUGGUUUGUGUCUAGAGCAAGAUCCUGCUAAAAGACCAUCUGCCGAAAAGUUGUUGAAGCAUCCUUUCUUUAAGAACUGUAAAGGUGUUGACUUUGUGGUCAAGAACGUGUUGCAAGGCUUGUCCAACACGGAACAGAUGUUUAUCGAGACCCAGAUUUUGAUGAAGAGAGAUGAUGAUGAAGAUGAAGAAGAAGAAGAAGAGAUAGUGAAGAACAGGAGAAUCAGUGGAUGGAAUUUCCGUGAAGAAGAUCUCCAACUUAGUCCAGUGUUCCCAACUGAAUCAGAGACUUCUGGUUCUAGUCCACGUGAAGAAGCUUCUCAAGAUAAACCGGAUGGUAACAGCGUCGUCUUAACCGGAUCAGAACUCGGUUUAGGUUUGUCAACCCGAAAUGAGGAAGCUAAGGAACAAGAAGAUGAGGUUGUGGGGUUUGACAGAAAUCUGAUGUUAGAGAAGCUGAAACUGUUGAAGAAAAGCUUAGAACAUCAGAGAGCGAGAGUGUCGGUUAUAAUCGAAGCAUUGAGUGGGGAAAAGGAAGAGAAGAGCAGAGAAGAAGAGCUUCUAGAGAUCGUGGAGAAGCUGAAGAUUGAGUUGGAAGCUGAGAAGAUGAAGACGUUGAGUGCAGAGAAAGAAAGUGUUUUGGGUUAACUAUUCUAAACGUUAAUACUUUGUCUUCUAUAUGCUAAAAUCAUUAAUGAGU